GGUGUAAUUUAUUUUAUUCAUUAUCUCAUUGGUCAAAAUUACCCUCUUUCUGGGCUAAAGACUCUUAUUACUACGGCGGGGCUGAUUUUUGUAUGUGCCCCGCACUAAAAUCGACAUCUUCUGAAUGGAUUAAAAGCACAAUCAGUCAUCGUCCUCUUACCUGACAUCACAAGAUAAAAAAGAUACCCUGACUUUGACAUUCAACAAACUCUUCAACGCCAUCAAAUCUCAAAUCUUAUACUCUCCGUUUGGAUCUCUCGAUAUUAUCUAAAUCCAAGAUGGCUCCAGGAGGACCAGCAGCCGGACGUGGCAGAGGUGGAAAAUUCAAGAAGUUCACUCGUGGAGGUGGUAAACACUUCUCUCGUGAUCUUCGACCUCUCGACGCCAAUGGAAACGAAAUUCGCGAAAAGAAUGCCGAUGAUUCAUCCUCAGAAGAAGAAGAGGAGUCGGAGGAGGAAUCAUCUGAGGAAGAGGCAGAAGAGAAGCAAGAGAUGACCCGUGAACAACGUCGCGCCGCCGCCAAAGCCAAGAAAGAAGCUGCCAUCAAGAAGAAGAACCAAAAAGUAGCACAAGUUGGUGAUCUCCCAACCGAUAGCGAGGAAGAUAGUGAGGAUGAUGACAUGCCCGCCAAUCCCAAUCAUAGCAAGGCUGCUAGAGACCAAGCCAAGGCACCACCAAAAUCCGUUGAUGAAGUUGCUGGAGAAGUUGCAAAAAUGAGCGUCAGCAAGAAACCUCAAGAGUUGAGUCGCAAGGAAAGAGAGGCAAUCGAGGCACAAAAGAAGAGAGAAGCAUAUCAAAAAUUACAUCUUGCUGGGAAGACUGAUGAAGCUCAAGCCGAUUUGGCAAGAUUGAAAAAGAUCAGAGAGGAGAGAAAAGUGAGAGAAGAUCAAAAGGCAGCCGAAGAAGCAGAGAAGAAUAGAAGGGUAGAGGAGCAAAAGAAGAGAGACGAAGCAAAAAGAGAGGCUACCAUGGGACCCACAGCUAAAGGAAAGAAGGGAAAGAAAUGAGGACCUUUCCGAGAUGAGAUCUAGUCUUUUGCUUUUAUGGGUGAAGGCUUCUAGAACAAAUAUCCAGACACAUACAUAAGUCUCGGGUCGGCGUUGAUAUAUUUGCUUUUUCUGUAUUGAUUGGCUAAAAUCAAUCCAUACAACACUACAUUUACCCUCUUCCUAUGAGUCUAUGUCCCAAAUUCAUUGUUAUUGUCCUGUGCUGAUGUGAUCAUCAUGCGAUACUUGCAAGACUUCAUAUACAGACAUCUUCGAGUUCUCUAUCAGUGUGACAAUUUUAUAAUUCA